CGAGUUUCUCCACUACCUUCACUAUCUCUCAAGUUCAAAGUUCUUGAUCUUCCCUCCGUGUUUCCAAAGAUUUGCACUGCGUCCACCCUGUACAAAUACCUAUCGAUCUUGUUCUGCUUUCAAAAUGUCUCGACGUCUACUCUGCGAUCGUUUUUCUGUGGCGCCACUUCAAGCUUUUUGUUCCAACUACCAUACCCUUUCCCAAAAAUGGCCGCAGCUAUAUAUCCUGACUUAAACGGCAAGAUCGCCCUCGUCAUGGGUGUUGGCCAGAGCGGCUCUCUCUCGUCCAAAUCUUGGGGCAAUGGAGCUGCCAUCACUCGCGUCCUCUGCCAGAAUGGAGUGAGGGUAUUUGGUGUCGACUACAAUCUCGCCGCUGCUGAAUUCACAGCUUCUCGAGUACGGGCGGAAGGUGGAAUCUGCGAUGUCACCACAGCAGAUGUUACUUCUGCGUCCGAAGUCCAAAGAGCCGUGGAUGCAGCAAUGUCGAAGUACGGCAGAAUCGACAUUUUGAUCAACAGUGUUGGUAUGACUGCACCUGGAGAUCCAGCGAGUAUGUCUGAAGAAGUGUGGGACAAGCAGAUUGAUCUCAAUCUGAAAAGUGUAUACCUGGCGUGUCACGCUGUCCUGCCGAUAAUGGAGAAGCAAGGCUCAGGGUCUAUCAUCAAUAAUGCGAGUAUUGCUGGAAUGAGAUACCUUGGCAAGCCGCAAGUAGCGUAUGCUGCUGCAAAAGCUGCGGUCCUACAGUUUACGAAAGUCACUGCUGUGAUGUAUGCCAAGAAGGGUGUUCGGUUGAACUCGAUAGUACCAGGCUUGAUGUAUACGCCUCUUGUUGAGGUGUUGGGACAGAGCGAAUCAGAAGCUGAUAGGGAGGUUUUCAAAAGGAUCACGAAUCAUAAUGCGCCGAUGGGGAGGAUGGGAGAUGCAUUCGAUGUAGCUAAUGCGGCACUUUUCCUGGUCAGCGACUCGGCGAAGUACAUUACAGGUCAAAAGCUGGUUAUUGAUGGUGGGAUCACGAGCUCGACUGGGACAUCAUGA